AUGGAAUGGUUUGCAUAUCAAUUCUUCAUCCACCUGGUGACGAUCCGAACAUGUAUGAAAGCUCUUCUGAGCGUUGGUCACCAGUUCAAAGUGUCGAGAAAAUUCUAUUAAGUGUUGUUAGCAUGUUGGCUGAACCAAAUGAUGAAAGUGGCGCCAAUAUUGAAGCUUGU